AUGGCACAGCGGGUGUUUUUUCAUAUGGUGGCGCUGGUGUUGUGCCAGUUGCUGAAUCUCGGAUUAGUGGCGGCAAAGGUUCACAGGUUCAACUUCACCACUGGAUGGGUGACAGCCAGGCCAGAUGGAGUCGCGAAGCAGGUGAUUGGGUUCAACGGGCAAUGGCCACUGCCAGAUAUCCAUGUUGACAAGGGAGAUCGCGUGGAGCUGUACCUGACGAACGGGUUUGCAGACGUAGGGACCACGCUGCACUUCCACGGGCUGUUCCACAACAGCAGCGAGGGAAACCUGGCGGCCAUGGACGGACCGGACAUGGUGACGCAGUGUGGGAUUCCGCCGGGCCAGACGUACCUGUACAACUUCAGUGUGCCGACACAGGUGGGGACAUACUGGUAUCACUCGCACACGGGGGCGCAGUAUGCGGACGGGAUGCGCGGGGCGUUUGUCGUACACGACCCCGAUGCGCCGUUUGAAUACGAUGAGGAGAUGACCCUUAUGGUGGGCGACAUCUAUCACAAACCGUACACGCAGCUGGUACACGAGUUUCUGUCUAGAUACAACCCCACCGGCGCAGAGCCCGUGCCUCAGAAUUUGCUAUUUAAUAAUACGGUCGACGGGUCGCUGUACUUCAAGCCCAACAAAACGUACUUGCUACGGAUUAUCAACGGCGCUUUCUUUGUGUCGCAGUAUUUGUACUUGGAGGGGCACGAGUUCACGAUUGUGGAAACAGACGGUGUAUACGUCCAGCCGAACGCCACCAAUCUUCUGUAUCUGGCAUCUGGUCAGCGGGUAUCUGUUCUGGUGCACACCAAGGAGACGACAGACCGCAAUUUCGCUUUUAUGCAGCUUUUUGACGAGGACAUGCUAGACGACAUCCCCAGCUCGCUCCAGCUAAACCGGACUAAUCAUGUGAUCUACGAUGACAGCAAGCCGCGAGCCAAUCCGUACUUCCUGCCCGAUUACAACAACCCUGCCGAGGAGUUCUAUCUCACGCCGCUUCACGGCAAGCCGCUCUACGAGCACUAUGAUCGCCAAGUCGUAUUGGACCUUCAUAUGGAUAACCUGGCGGAUGGUGUCAACUACGCCUUUUUCAACAACAUCACCUACACGACACCAAAGGUGCCCACACUAACCACUGCACUCACCGCAGGCGAAUUUGCCAGUAACCCCCUGAUCUAUGGCAACGUCAAUCCAUUUGUGCUGCGCUACGGGGAGAUUGUCGAGAUCGUCAUCAACAACUAUGACGACGGGAAACAUCCCUUCCACUUGCACGGCCACAACUUCCAGUUGGUGCAGAAGUCACCAGCAUCCAUUAGUGAAGACGGAGAAACUGUCCGCUACAAUGAGUCUGCCCCGGUAAUGCCGUAUCCUGAGUUCCCUGCAACCAGAGACACCGUCGUGUUAGAGCCCAAUGGACACAUAGUGCUGCGUUUCCGGGCGGACAAUCCCGGUGUGUGGAUCUUCCACUGCCAUGUAAACUGGCAUAUGGAGCAAGGUUUAGCUGCUGUUUUUAUCGAGGCACCCCACGAGUUGCAAGCCGGGGAUCCCCUCUCUGACAACUACAGGCAAGUGUGUGCCGCCAGUAACAUCCCCAACGCAGGUAAUGCAGGAGGCAACUCUGCUAACUGGCUGGAUUUGAGCGACGCUCCUCGCCAGCAAGACCCCCUACCCGCCGGAUUUACCGCAAAGGGAUAUUUUGCGUUCGCUUUGACGACUUUGGCUGGCUUGCUUGGCCUAUAUACGAUCACGAACUUCGGUCUGCAGAAGAGUGUUAUUGACGAUGCAGAGAUGUACAAUAAGCUCUCUGUCCUACUAAAGGAAAACAAUGUUUUAGAUUAG